AUGGCCUCUGCACUCACUAGGGCCGAGACCGAAGACUUUGCAGCCGCUCGAGCGCCUCCGCAAGCGCCACAGGUGCUCGACGAUGUCGCAACAGCAGCGUCCAGCACUGACAACACCAAGCGGCGGUUCACCUUCAAGCGCCUGAGCCACAAGCGCGAUGCGAUCGUGGAAACACCGCUGGAAGACGCUGGCUCGCCGUCGUCCACCCCCGCUGGCUCGUGUCUUUAUACUAGCUCUAGUAUGAACGGGCGGGCGGACGUGAAGUCUGCAGUGGGUCCCAUGGACUUUGACUUGCUCUGUGUCAUUGGCCAAGGAGCUUUUGGCAAAGUCAUUCAAGUGCGUCACGUCCCGACGGACGAGGUCCUGGCAAUGAAAAUUGUGUCAAACAAGUACAUUGUACAGCAUAACUCGGUGGCGUACUUGCAGGCAGAGCGGGACAUAAUGAUCAAGAUCAAUCACCCGUUUCUUAUUAGUCUUCGAUACGCAUUUCAGACCAAGUCGAACGUGUACUUGGUCAUGCCGUUUGUAGCGGGCGGAGAGCUGUUCCACCACUUGCAUAAACAGGGCUUACUACUGGAGAGUUCGGCCAAGUUCUAUGCUGCAGAGAUGGUGCUGGCGCUAGAGCACUUGCACGUCAAGGGCAUCAUUCAUCGCGACUUGAAGCCCGAGAACGUGCUGCUUGGUGCUGAUGGACACAUUCGGCUGACUGACUUUGGUCUUGCCAAGGAAAUGACUGAUGAAGACGGCUCGACGAGUACCAUGUGUGGCACGAACGAGUACAUGCCACCGGAGAUGAUCCGUCGUAAAGCGUACAAUCAGGCUGUAGAUUGGUGGGCGCUUGGUGCACUUAUUUACGAAAUGGUAACGGGUUAUCCGCCAUUUCGGCACAAGAAUCGCAAGAAGUUGCACCAGAAGAUUUUAAAUGAAAAGCUUUCUCUACCGAAGUGGCUUGGCUCUGAGACCCACUCCAUCCUCAAGCAACUGUUGGAAAGAAAUGUCGACAAGCGUCUGGGCUCCGGCAAGUCUACGAUGUUCCAGGUGAAAGGUGUGCAGGCCAUCAAAAAGCACGCCUUCUUUAGGGACAUCGACUGGGGCUUACUCGAGCAAAAAAAGGUGCAACCGCCGAUUCUGCCAAAUGUCGUGAACAGCACUGACACUACGUACUUCUCGGAGGAGUUCACGACGCAAGACGUUGGGCGGCGUAGCCGCGUCGGUAGCUCGAGCGGUGAUGGCGAUACGAAAAAACUCUUUGCGCGCUUUUCUUGGGUCGCGGAUGACGCCCCGAGCUUUCGCGGAUAUCAUUCGUGCAGGCACUGUGGAGACAGACACAAUUGCAGUAGUUCAGGAUGGAGUGGAGGAAUUGACGCUUGGUGA